UUCAUUACAUUAUUGAUGGGUAAUGUUCUGUCUUUUUAUUCAAUAAAUCAAUUCGUUGUCAUGCUAUUCAGUAUCUGAUGAAUAAGAAACUAAAGCGUUUUAGAAGACUUGCGUUUUACAUGCAACUGUAUUUUGGUCAUGAAACAAUUUCAGGAGUAUGAUUUCAAGUCAUUUUGAAAGAUAAGGGAAUUAAAGACAGUGAAAAAAACUUGGUUCUUUUAUUUGGUCAUAACAAUGGACUCAUUAGUAUCAGACGAUAAUGACAACAUUAUCAGAACACAACCAUUGGAAUAUGAACCCAAUGGUGGACUUGGUUACGAAUUUUUUCGAGCCAUGAAAUUUUAUAAAAGUAAUGUGUCACAGUACAUUGUUGAAACUGGGGAAAAAGACACAUUCAGAGAACUGUUAAAAAGGUGCAUCAGAACCGCACUGAACAUGAAACUGGAAGGUCUGACAGAGAAUGAUCUCGUCUGUUUAUGUUCAUAUAACCAGAAAGACAUCUGUACCCCUUUCAUAGCAUCGAUGUUUCUCGGACUUAAAGUAACUUCACUAGACCCAAGCCUUUCACUAGCCGACACAGCAUAUCUUUUGAAACAAGUAAAACCCACAAUCAUUUUUGUCGUGCCAGAAGCUUUAGACUUGAUCGAAAAUUCCAUCGAACAAGCUGAAAUUACGUGCAAGAUCGUGGUUUUCGGUCCUUCGGACACACACCAACAGUUUGAAGAAUUCCUAAUUCCGAACAGCGAAGAACACGAUUUUCGACCAGUGAUAGUACCACCAGAAGAAACAGCUGUAAUAUUUUUCAGUAGCGGAACCACAGGUCUCCCCAAGGGUAUUUGUCAAAGUCAUUAUGCCCUUCUGGCACAAGCUGUUAACGUAAUAAAUUAUGGUGCUGUAACGUCUGUGAGUUUGUAUUAUUCUUCACUGUACUGGAUAUCUGCUGUUUUGUUUCUGACCGCGACUAUUUUAUCGGGGACGGCUAGAGUCAUAUGCAAAAGUUUUGACCCGACACAGAUUUGGAAAAUACUAGACAAAUAUAAGGUGUCUUUUGCUUUUCUGGCCCCCAGCCAAGCCUCAGAAAUGCUAAAAGUCGGACGACCGGACAACGUUGACACCUCAAGUCUCCUCUGUGUCCUAACAGGCGGUGGUGUUUUUUCCGAAAAACAGUUACUAGCUUUAAGAGAUUUGUUACCAGGAACCUACAUAAGCCAAGGCUAUGGUCAAACUGAAGUCGCUGGUGUGCUAACUUGCUUCAACAUGAACGAUGUGAAAGACACUUUACGACUGCACUACAAGCCCUCUUCAUGCGGGCGCCCCAUUCAUGGCAUUUGGUACAAAAUCGUCGACGUUGAAACUGAACAAAAUCUUGGACCAAACGAACAAGGCGAACUCCGAGUCAAAACCAAAUACGCAAUGAACGGUUAUUACAACCUUGAUUCAUCCGAAAGUUUCGACACAGACGGUUGGCUUAAAACUGGAGAUAUCGUGUAUUACGAUGAAGACCACUGUUUUUAUGUUGUUGACCGGAUUAAAGAAAUGUUGAAGUACAAAUCAUGGCAUAUUGCCCCCGCAAUGUUGGAGGAUAUUCUCAAUAACCACCCAGCCAUUAAACGGUCGGUGGUUAUAGGAAUUCCUGAUGAAGAAGAUGGAGAUCAUCCAAUGGCCGUUGUUAUUUUAAAUCCAGGAAGCGAAAUUACAAGUGAAGAAAUCGAAGCUUACGUCGCUGAACGUGUCCAAGACCGACAAAAACUCCGAGCUGGAGUUAAAUUCGUGACAAGUUUCCCGAUUACACCAUCAGGAAAAAUAAAAAGACGCGAAAUCAAGCAAAUGGUACUGACGGGACAAAUAUAAAAACACAGUUGGGAAAUUGACCAUCAAUUUAUUAUUGCUGAAAACUCGUAACAUUAAAUAAACAUUUAACCGGCACAACAUGCAGAAAUAAUUUUAACAAGAUGUUUCAUCACAGACACGAAAGCUAAGAGUUAUCACAAAUAAAACUGGAGGGUUGUCAAUCAAAACAUUUGUGCUAUUACUUUUUCAGUUACGGCAGUAGAUACAUACCCUGUGAACAUUAAUGUAAUAAAAUAAUUUAAAUCGUG